AAAGAGCUCAACAAUUGACUGAAGUCAUAAAUAAUAACAACCACGUGAUACUCUUAUAAAUUAUCAAUAGAAAAAUAUGGGAACUAUAUGCCAGAUUCUGUUUCACAACAAUAUUCACGGAGUUUACUAUGCGGGCCAAACGAUUUCUGGCCAAGUGAAUCUGAGCACGGAUAAGGUCAAAGAAAUAAAAGCCAUUAGACUAAAGUUGAAAGGUUUUGCCCAAACCCAUUGGACUGAGAGUAAAACGGAUUCGAACAACAAAUCCACCUCUGAAUCGUUUAAUGGCUUUCAUAAAUAUCUCUCCAGCACAGUGUAUCUUUUGGGUUCCGAAACAAGUCCGGAAAUGACUUUGGAGCCGGGAGUGAGAACUUACAAUUUUGCUUGCCAAAUUCCCAUCCAUUGUCCCUCUUCCUUUGAGGGGACUCACGGUCGUAUACAUUAUAUGGUGGAUGUGAAUAUCAUGCAGUCUUGGAAGUAUGGCAGUGUGUUCACAAGGCCAUUCACUGUAGUCCAGGUGAUGGAUAUGCCAACUUAUCAGUCGGUAUCUCAGGUUCCCGUUCAGGUCAGGAGUGAGAAGACCUUUGGCGUCUGGCCCUUCAAGUCGUCUCCACUGAACCUAGAGUUGACCUUACCACAAACUGGCUUCGUGCCCGGUCAGACUGUCCCCCUGAAGGUCUUUGUGGGUAAUGAGAGCAGGAUUCGGGUACACGAAAUGAAAGUGGGCCUGGCCAUGAUGAUCACUUACUAUAGUGAUCUAAGUUCCGGCACUAAUUCGGAACGAAUUUCCGUGGCCAAACUGAAGGCUGAUGGUGUGAUGAGGAACUCCCAAAAGAUGUAUGAAUUCCAAUUGUUGAUUCCCUCCACUCCACCCACCAGUAUGCAUCUGUGUCGCAUUAUCAAGAUAGGUUACCAGAUCGAAGUGGUGGCCAAGGUCAAGGGGAUGCACAUAAAUGGAACACUGGUAAUGCCAGUAACCAUUUGUGGGGUUCCUAUUGCACCGCCAAUGGUGCAUUAUGUACCUGAAGGAUCGGGAGCUUCAGGCGGAUCUACUGAAGGAGUCUUGACAUUGUUUGAUGGUGAAGCUGCCAGUGCUGCUCCAGCUGCUCCUCCGUAUCCCUGGUCAGAGAACUCUACUUUUGCACCGCCUAGCUAUGCUGAGGCCAUGCACAUUCAAUCUAAUCCGGAAAAGUCCGGGCAGUUGCAACAGGAGACCCAGGCACAGUCUUCUUCGGACGAGAAGAAGCCCUUCAAGCCUCUAUAUCCCAUUUAUAGUGUGCCAAGUCCCACUGAGGAAAAGAAGCUGGAUCCUGCCUUGGAAAAAGAGGAGAAAAAAUGAUGAAGCAGGACAAAUAUUUCCGAAUUUGAGAGAUAUACUCUGAUCAAUCCUUUGCCAGCUUAUCAAGGAUUUCUUACGGGCUUUCCCCAGCUCUAUGGGCUCUUUGUUGCGUGGCUCCCGUUGGCGAAAUGUACCAGUAUAAUUCAAAAUUGUGACAGCGAUAAGAUAAAAAGUUGGCCUGGCCAUCGCUACCAAUAUACAUAUA